AUGGCCAUCGCGACGGCAUGCAAGCAGCAGGCCUUCAGAGAAGCACUUCUGAAGAAGAUCGUGGGCGAGGAUGAAUUGAGUGGGGAAGAUCUGUUGAAGCACGAGAAGUUUUUAAAAGCUAAGGAGGAGGCUUUGUCGCAGCUCUCAACCAAGCAAAGUGCUCCUGCCAAGGAUGGUGGCAUCAGCUUGAGAACAACACAACAAAGUCGCUUAGGCGGUGCUGCCUUCGACGAGGAAACUGUCCGAAAGUUGGAAGCGAUAGCAGGCAGAGCUGCGCAGGACGCGGCACGCCGCGAAUUAGAAAAAGCCAAAGAGGCGAGCCGGGCGGUAGCUGAAGCCCAAGCAGAGGCACAGAGCUCCUUGCAGGCGGCCGUCGCACACUUGUCAAGCGAACCCAAGGCAGCAAGUCUGAUGCCCACCUGGAUCUCUGACGAUGAGUACAGGGAUCUGGGAUACCCGCAGAUGGAUCCAAAGUUUAGAGACCGGGAGUGGCACAGGAAGCAGCUUCAGCUGGACAGUACUGAUCCCCGCCACAAUCCGAACCUCAAUCGCGACCAGAGCGACCCGGAGUUCUGGUAUCAUGCAGCCCGGCGACCAUUCAACAAGGCCCUCCUCCGCACGGAGCAACAUUGGAAUGCCCGUAGGGAGGUGUGGCUGAAGCAGUUUGAGCAGGUCAAGGACAUGAACCAGCGGCGAGAACUUCUUUCUGACUUGCUCGAGGAUAGCCCCGCAGAUGUCAAGCGUUUGGUCACCCCGAUUCUGCACUACAGCAUCACAAUGAAUGUCCUCAUUGGUUUCUUUGAAAAGGCCGAGAAAACAAGAAGAACUUUCGAGGAAGUGCUCUUAGAUGAGGAGAACUUGAACGUGCUCCGGGGAAUUCGAGACAGGGUAGAUGCCAAGGGUGAUCAGGCCGGGCGGAUCGGAUCGUUGGGAAGAAGGAAUGUGCCUUGUGUGCUGGAGUGUCACAGUGAGGCAGCUGACGAGAUGCUUCAGGAGUACGAUGCUCGAUCCAGGCCGGUGACCUUGUUCGCACGUUCGUUCCCCCUCAAGUCGAAUCACUGCCGCUUGCACAUCGAUGUGGAGUUGAAGUUGAGUAUUGCUGGAGCGUGGUCUCUUCUUCCGUCAGAGUCGAGCGACGAGGCACAAGGUGUAAUGGCGAUUUUACUCAGCUUCGUUUUCCGGAUGACCACUUGUUUGCACGACUUGCACCUUAUUUGGAGGCUGCUGGCGUCUGAUGCUCAGGAGAAGAAGGAGGGGGAAGAGCAGGAACGACGAGUUGCGGAUGUCACUACGCUCGCGCAGAUCAUGAACUGGGGCCAGAAGUGCAAGAAGGAUGGCCUCGUUGAGUGGGAGCAGGGGAACUACGCAGAAGCCCGGGCCAGCUGGAGGCAAGCUCAUGAGACUCUCCGCCCUUUCAAGGCAGGAGAUAAGGAGACCAACGAGCUGCUUUUUGAACUUCACGCAGCAGUCCUGAAGAACCUGGCACAGGCGAGCAUGAAGCUUGGGUACUGGAACGAAGCGACGAAGGUGUCGACACUUGCGACCCAGUUGUGCCCAGAAGAUCACAAGGCAUGGUUUCGACGAGCUUGUGCCCUAGAAGGUUUGGGAAGCCUGGACGAGGCCGAGAGAUGCUUGCAGAAGAUCGACGAAUGUUCAGUUGGACGACCGGAUCGCUUGCGAAUUGCAAAGGACACACAGGCCAAGCGUGAGAAGCUGCAGGCCCUUCGCGAGCGGGAGCAGGCAUCACUCAAGCGAACAAUGGAGAAGGCACUCGGCAGGAGCGUGUUCAGUGAAGAACGCCAGGUCGAUAACGAGGAAGAAGCUGCAAAGGAUUUGCUUGAGCCAGACGAGCCGGCGGAUCAGCACAUCGAUUUUGACUUGUUGCGCACCCCUGUGCUGAGGAUUCCAACCGUAAACACCUUCGCAGUCCGAGAAGCCGCACUUGAGAGCGGCAUGUGGGGCAGCUUGAUUGAUGGGCGAGACAAAGACGAGGACAACAGCAGCAGGCUCUACCACGAAAAGGAUUUGCUGCACGCUUUGCGCGAUGCAUACAGAGACUCUACGUUUCAGAAGCAGGUCAUGAAGCUUGCACGCGAUGUUCGAGGUGAAAAGCGCCCCUUCCUCGCGAAUCUCGCCAAAGUUGCGCUGCCUUUGCAGAAGCCCGUCUUGGAGAAGUUCGGCUUUGAACCCAGCGAGAAGGGACUUAAAGAGAUGAUGCGAGCAGUUCAGGAUUACACACGAGGCCCGAAGGCAAACGCGGGAGUGAAGAGGGCCGCUGACGAGACAACGGUGGCACUCUAUGGAGUCAUGUACGACACGCUCACCCGCCCAGAUGAUGCUGCCAUAAGACCACAACUGGAG